AAUAUAAAUUUGUGUUUUAAGGAAGCUGUGGUCUUCAAGUUGACCAAUGCCGUCUGCGUGAGCCACAAUGAGUCCUGGUUCAUUUUUCAUCACUGUCGUCUGAAGGCUGUCAGUCGAAACAAGAUUGUCUUGAACCUAAACGGUACUGUUCUUCAUCCGGCUUAUAAAAUCAGUGCUCACGGAAAGAUGUUCAAACGGGAAAAUGGCUAUAAGCCAUGGCUAAUUGACACGAAAAUCGAUAUCUGUCGCUUUCUUAAGACAAAUUAUGACCCAUUUACAAAACUAGUAUAUAAUCUUUUUAAGGAAUUUACAAACUUCGACCAUCCCUGUCCAUAUGUGGGUUUGCAGUAUGUGAUGGGCUUUUACCUAAGGCCCGAACUAUUAAUUCUUCCCUUUCCGAGUGGCGACUACAUGCUGAUGAUAAGGUGGUUUUUUAACAACAAACUUACGUUCGACACAAAUGUCAGUUUUGUAUUCACUGAGGAUCUUUUUGCUUGAAUUGAAUAUAUUAUUUGUAAAAGAAACAAUGCACUUUCUAUUCGGUGGUAUAGAGUUAUUAGCUUUGGGCAGAGCAGCAGUAAGGUCGGUUCCUUGAAUGUCUCCUCAAGGCCGUGUUCAACAUGAGUGGAACUAUUCUGCACCCAGCCUAACGCACCAGAUUGUACUACCAGACUUUUAAGGAGGAAAGUGUGAACAAGUCAUCGUUUACAACAUGUUUAAGGAUAAUUCGGUCUUGGAAUAUCCACAGGAAUUUAUUUUUCGUUUUGAGGAAUAGUACUGUUGUCGAAUAAAAACAUUACUAUGUGCGAAACAUUUGCGUGAAAGUUCCAUUUAUUUCUUGAUUGGUUUUCGACGAAAAGUUUAUGAGAUAUUUUUUUCGAUAAAAAUUUACGUUUAUGAGAUAUGGAAUUUGUAAUUUAUAAAAUUAUCCUGUAUGUUUUUAAAUAAAGGGACAUUAAUA